CCUCCCUCUUUCCGCCAUACUGCAGAGCCGGCACCAUGGUGCGCAUGAAUGUUCUUGCAGAUGCUCUGAAAAGCAUCAACAAUGCAGAGAAACAUGGUAAGCGUCAGGUUCUGAUCAGACCGUGCUCAAAAGUGAUUGUGCGGUUCCUUACAGUGAUGAUGAAGCAUGGUUACAUUGGUGAAUUUAAGAUUAUUGACGACCACAGAGCCGGGAAAAUUGUUGUUAAUCUCACAGGCAGACUUAACAAGUGUGUUGUCAUUAGCCCCAGAUUUGAUGUUCAAUUGAAAGAUUUAGAGAAGUGGCAGAACAAUCUCCUACCAUCACGUCAGUUUGGAUACAUUGUGCUAACCACUUCAGCUGGCAUCAUGGACCACAAAGAAGCUAGGCGAAAACACACAGGAGGCAAAAUCCUGGGAUUCUUUUUCUAAAUCUGUACAACAGGCAGGCCAAUAAACUGUUAUCACAAAAAAAAAAUUAAAAAAAA